AUGACUUCCGAAGGCCCGUACGACCCUUACAUUCCUGCCGGCUCUCAAGGCGCCGCCGGUGGCGCCUCCGCGCAACCGAAUGGCAACCAGCGAACAGCCGCAUUACAGGCGCAAAUCGAUGACACCGUUGGUGUCAUGCGCGAGAACAUUAACAAGGUCUCCCAGCGUGGUGAGCGCCUGGACUCCCUUCAGGACAAGACCGACAACCUGGCCGUAUCAGCCCAGGGCUUCCGCCGGGGCGCCAACCGUGUGCGCAAGCAGAUGUGGUGGAAGGAUAUGAAGAUGCGCGUAUGCCUGGUCGUCUGUGUGAUCGUGCUGCUGGUGGUGAUCAUCGUGCCCGUUGCCGUAAAAUAUCACUAA